AAUUUUGGUCUUGAUUUAUCGACGGAUCCGAGAUAAUGUCAAGAUAUUAGGGCUGUCAACGCGUGUAUGCGGGCCAAGGGGUCGGUUAAGGGGCUGAUACAAAUGCGCAUAGGGCACAUACCCAUCUCAUACAGUGGCGCUAUGAAAGGGACUUGCAUUCCAACCCAGCGCAGUCCCGACAUGUUAAUUGUACAUGACCUUCCACAUCUGCCUGCCACUUCCAGUCUUUGCAAAGUUUUUUAUUCUGUUAUUUAUGCUUCUCCCUUUUCCUACAAGUCUUCGCUGGCGAAGUAUUUCCCCUUCCUGCUCAAGUCAACUGAUUCACCACAAUGAAAGCUCACACAUUUACUGUUCUUACCGCCCUGGCGGCGUCCAUGGUCGCGUCCAUAGCGGCUAUGCGACAUGAUGGCAGAGGACACAAUCAUCCCCGGCCUCGUCAAGACAGUCAUCCCAGACCUCGUCAAGAUGGAUGGACGACAACAGGAGCACCGCCCGAGUUACGUGCAACUUCUGUGAGCCUCAACGCGAAGAUCUCUACGGUUGUGACCACGACAGCGACACCCUCCUCAGCCAUGAAUGCCACAAUGUCUUCAUACGUCUUUCCCACAACAGUAAUCCAAGUCCCCGUCGCGACCGUCUGUCCUGACACUCCAUCCUCGUCCGCAGCAUUCUCGAUCGUCCCAAUUCCCUCGUCGUCGUCCAACGGGACGAGUUCAACGUUGAGCGCGCCGACCCUGGUCAACGCUACAGCUCUCCUACCGAAUGGCAGCACGACCGUGUUUCUGUCAACCACGACGACUACCCCAAGUACAAUCAUCACUCCCACCGCAACGAACGCGUCUUCCACAACACCUACCGCCGGCGCUGAUGGAGAAGACGUGGCAACAGCGCGCAUCAUCUUCAACCCUGACGGCUGCCAGACAGUCUACUCGGCCAAAACGACCUCGAUAUGCUCGACGACGAUUCAUCCAGCAGGUUCCCUCCCCGUCACGGUCACCGAUUGUAAUCAGUGGGUCACAUUUUCGAGCAACGCCUUAUAUGGAUGUUCUUCAACAGUUUCUGCGACUGCUGCGGCAAACACCGACACAGCAACACUGGCAUCCAGUACAUCCAGCGGUCCUGGUCCCAGCAUAACGGACCCAACAGCAUUCUACGUCGCGCACUGGUACGAUCUCGCGCAGUUGCCUGGUAUACCCAGCGUUGUCGAAGUCGAAGACUGUCUACCCUUGUCGGCGGGUGUGUCGUGCUUGACAUCGAGUGAGAGUUGGAGCGUGGUGGAAAGCACGGUGAUACGGACGGGGACGAGUCUUGCUGCAUUUUCGGGGCCCGCGAUAAUCACAUCAGGAACAUACACUGCCACGACGACACUGAGCUUCGAGUCGACGGUGACGACUACGAGUGUGGUCACGGUGUCAAGUAUAGUCCGAAGUCGGUUGGGCGAUGAUAGCGACGAGGAUAGCACGGUUACAGUGGCGGCCGCGGCGCCUACUACGAUGACUUUGUCCGUAGAGUCGGUUCCGCAAGCGACGGUCACUGUGUACAAGACGUCAACGGCAGAGGUUAUGACGACGAUGACAAUGACUGGGAGUCCGGGUAGUGCUAGUACUGGGUCAUAAUGAACAUGUCUGAAUGCCAAGAUACUUUUCAAGCAGCUCAUCUCGUUGUAUGCGGCUCAAUUCGCCUGUGCAGCUGUAAAGCCCCCGAGAGUCAGUUCAACACAUCGUUGACAUUGUCGCGACGCUGCCAGAUCUUUGG